AUGGAUAAGGGUCCCAGAUAUCGUGACACAGUACUCCCGUUUUCUCUUCAACCACCACCUGGAAGCCUCGUCACGUACCAGGCAGCACUAGUAUCAGAAGUUGAGGAAAAUGAAGAGCACACCGCGGGGAGUCCUUCCAAGACUGAAAGUGACACCCCAUCAUCUCUACAGCCGAAAUUGCUCCGCAAGAAGCGAAAUGAAACUGUCUACCCAUCACAAGAUGUGACAGUGGCGAAGGAAAAUCCAAGCCUCGGUCAUUCAAAUCGAAUCAAGAAGACCGUUACGGAGAAAGAAGUUUGGCAGAAAUACCGACGGUUCUGGGAGUCAGACCAGGCAGGCAAGGGUAUUGUUGCUCAUGACAACUCUAUUGAACACAAUAUUAUGGUCAUAAAGAAAUUCAAGAUGCAUGCAAGCAGGGGCCAGCAUGAACAACUCCUCAAGGUCAUGGGUGAUAAACCUUCCAAUAUUGUCCGCAUUCAGGACGUCUUUGUGUGCGACUUGUCUGUCUAUUCCGUGUAUGAAUCGCUUGAAAGUUCCUUACACCAUAUCCAGGCAACCUGUCUGCAAGAAAUAACCGAGAUUGAGCUAGCAAUAAUUGCAAAGGAAUAUCAAGCUGGGUGA